AUGGCUCCAGAUAGAACCGGGAAGAGUGUGUUCCUGGGGAAUAUUCCCUAUAACCUCACGGAGGAACAGGUUAAAGACAUUCUCAGCUCCGCUGGCACAGUCACCAAAUUCCGUCUGAUGAUGAAUCCGGAGACAGGGAAGCCAAAAGGCUAUGGCUUUGCGGACUUUGCCGAUGCUGACGCCGCCGCUUCCGCGGUCCGGAAUCUGAAUGACUACGAGAUCAUGGGCAGAAAGAUUCGCGUGGAUUGGCCUCACAACAACGAGAAGGACUCGGUACCUCCGGACUACUCUCAGACAUCGCAGAUGCCGGUCCAGGAUGGCCAAGGGGGUCAGCAGUCAUCUGCGCCUCUCCCACCUCUGCCCCCGGGUGUCGACGUGCCGCCUCACUUGGAUUGCCCGAACGCUAUCUCUCAGACCCUCUCCUCCCUGCCUCCGAACCAGCUGCUUGAUGUGCUUUCACAAAUGAAGUCAUUGGUAAUGACCGACCCUGCGCGCGCGACGGAACUACUACGACAGGCUCCACAGCUUGCAUAUGCCAUCUUCCAGGCGUUGCUGCUAAUGAACCUGGUUGACUACAGCACGUUGGGUGCAGUGGUGGAGCAAGCGACACAACCGACCAUUGCUACGGCCCCUCCCGCACCUCCCGCUGCGCAAACAUUCCAGCCUUUCUCAGCUGUACCUGGCCAGAUUGGUACACCACCUGUGAUCAACACGCCUUUUGCCCCUCAGCCUGCGUCACAAGCGGCACCCCAGCAGCAGAUGCCAUCGCAGGAAGAUCUGUUACAACAGGUUCUCAGCAUGCCCCAGUCAGCUAUCGACGCUCUUCCGCCGAUGGAACGGAAUCAAAUCAUGCUUUUGCGGCAGCAGUUGAUGCAAGGCGCGAUGAGGUAG